AUGUCUCACCUAGAGUCGAUGCGGUUUUCGUCCCGCGCUCCUUGGACCGAUAUAAAAGAACUGCGCAGGUACUUCGCGCCGGAAGACACCUCAGGCUGGAAAUGCUGGGCGAUUGUUAAGGCCGGCGAGGACGAAGCCAUCGGCUUUGUGGCUGCGUGUGAGAAACGCAAAGGUGUGUCUGAGAUCGGCUACCUUGUUGCCCGUGAAGCGCAGGGUCAUGGCUAUGGGCGUGAAGCUGUUGGCAUCUUGAUUGAUAGAUGCUUUGCGGCAGGACAGCGACGAAUAGUUGCCGAUGUUGAUCCUGACAACAAACCAUCCAUCGCCCUGCUCACAGCGCUCGGCUUCAAGCUAGAGGGGCACUUGCGCGCAGAGUGGGAAACACAUAUUGGGAUUCGAGAUUCUCUUAUAUACGGACUAUUGACUGGAGAAUGGCAACCCUUGACUGCAAAACAGAGGACAUAUUAA